UGCAGCCCCGGGGCUGCAGGAGCCGUGGCCACAGACCAUGGGCACCAAGCAGACCAAGGGGUGCCAGCCGGGCAGUGCUGGGGAGAGCCCUCCAGCUCACCACCGCAAGAAGGUACCCCCCAGGGAAAGGGGUGACUUCCUCACCUCCCUCGUGGUGAAGUCCGGCGAGAAGUUUGGCAAAGGUGGUGGCAGCAGCUUGCCCCCUUACCACCGGCGGAUCUGCAUGAUCCAGGACAUGCUGGUGCUGGUGAAGCAGGGGAAACAGGAGGAGGCCACCGAGCUGCUGAGGCACCUGCGGCAGGAUUUAGGAAUGGAGUCAACCUCUCUGGAUGAUGUCCUCUAUCGAUACGCCAGCUUUAGAAACCUGGUGGAUCCAAUCACUCAUGACUUGAUAAUCAGCCUGGCAAGAUACAUCCACUGCCCCAAACCGGAGGGGGACUCCCUUGGGGCCAUGGAGAAGCUUUGCAGGCAGCUCACCUACCACCUCAGCCCCCACUCACAGUGGAGACGCCAGGGCAUCAUGAAGAGGAAGCCACAGUCCUGCUUGAAAGCUGUGCUGAUGGGGAAGCCUCAGGACAACACCGUGGACCUGUCGGGCAUCCCGCUGACGCUGAAGGACUUGGACCGCGUCACGUCCUACCUGCAGCACAGCUCGGAGCACAUCGACACGGUGGAGCUGUGCUUCACAGAGCUGACAGAUGAGAUGCUGCUGCAGCUGCUGCCAGCCCUCUGCGUGCUGCCCCACCUCACCACCCUCUCCCUCAACGGCAACCGGCUCACCAAAGCCAUCCUACGGGACCUCACCGAAACCCUGAAGGACCCCAAGAAGUUCCCUAGUGUCACCUGGAUUGACCUCGGCAACAAUGUGGACAUCUUCUCCUUGCCACAACCCUUCUUGGUCAGUCUAAAGAGACGAUGUCCAAAGCAAGGCAACUUGCCAACCAUUCUGGAGUUUGGUGAGGGUCAGGUAAGUGAUCUGGAGAGCCAAGAUGGCCUGGCUGAGAGCCAAGAGGACCUGCAAGCUGGAGCAGGCAAGACUGACAACAUAGACAUGCAGCAGACAGACAGAACAGUUGAGGCUGGGGAGCUCCCCACCUUGCAGCAAGGUGCUGCAACACCACAGACAUGAUGUCCAGCUCCAUAGCUCUCGGGUAGAUCUGUUGAGCUAAGAGGACUUAAAGCCAAGACCUCAGCACUGGAGGUCCUGGCAGAGGGUCAAGUCACAAGCUGGGAUGCUGUGGGAGCCCAGACUGCUGCCUGCCUCCUGUACAAUAAGUGUCAGCUUCUUUCUUUUCAAAGAACACAUAAAGGUGAUCACGUUGAGUACUUGUACUUUAUAAAAGCUGGCCAGGUAUUUCUGAAGAUUAGUGAUGUGCUGUGGUUUGUAGCCUCCCAAAGUGGUGUAACACAAGACCCUUAGAAGAGCACAAAACAGGAGAAGGUGCCCAGAUGUUGCAGGGAAGGGCUCACUGGAUCCACCCAGACCCCAGCUGCUCUCCCACACGUGAUGGACAGACAGCAGUCACUCCAAAGAGGAAUGCUGCCAAGAUAAACCUUAAAUCCUUUCCAAUCCAGACUUCAGGAGCUGCUGAUGAGUAGCAGAUCUGCUGAUACACAACAGAAGUCUGAUCACACACUAACCAGAGGUGUUUCUCCCAACAGCAUGAGCCAGCCUGAAGGGAGAGCUUUGCUUUCCUGGUGUGGAGCUAAAUCCCAGUCUGCUGGAUGCCACUCUCACUCCAGCCUUCCCAAAAUCAGACUGGCACUUCUGCCUGCCUGGUUAUUUAUUCACAUGUAGAAUGCAGUUUCCUACCAGCUGUGUUGCUCCAAUAACUCCAGAGCUUUUAAUGUGGUACCUGGAGCUUGCACGGGUAAUAUUGGGAGUAUUUGGUCCAAUCUGGGGAGUGAUCUGCAAAAUCUGGAGCAACUCCAGGUUCCUUGCUGUUGCUGACAAAAGAGACCACAACACUGAAUACUUUAUAAAAGGAAAAAAAAAAUCCUGGGGUUCAUCCCUGGAUCACUGCCACUGAGGGCUGGCAGACAAAGCCAGCUGGAGAUUUAAAGCCUCAGAAAGGGUGUUGGGUCACUUGGUUGUGUCCAUCGUCCUCCUGGACCACAAGUGCUUUGUUUCUAUAGUGUUGUUUUGCAGCUUUUUUUUCUGAGACAUGGUUUUGAUUUUAUUUUUGAUGGAAAUCGGUAGCCUCAGAGCAGCAGCACUGGAACAUGCACUUUGGCUUUUGAACCAGAAUUUCAUUUGAUCCUGAACCUGAGGUGAGGCAGAAAAGUGUGAAAAACUUUCUCUCCUUUACAUUUAAAGGACCAAACAUGACUCCCUGUGCUAAGAGGGAGCUCUCUCCUGUCUGUUCAAAGGGCUUCCCCUAACCAGUUUUACAGCAUCGUUUUCCUGGCAGUGACUCUCUGGCUUUGCUUUUUUUGGGUGCAAACACAGUCAGACAUCUUGGUUGUCGUUUUGGCUCUGUUCAUUUAACAUUUCAGCACUGGGAAGGUUUUCCCAGAGGGGUUUGAUGCUGUCAGUGGUUGUUUCUCCUCCAUAUGCAAGUAGGUAACUUAGAAGAGACUCUGCUACUCGUUUUAAUGCAUUUGGCAAAGUUCAGUAUGAUUUGCAUGUACCCAAAGGCUUUUUCCUUUGUUUUUUUUUAAUGCUAACUCUUUCUAACAGGCAUGAAAAACACUUUGCAGGAAACUGUUCUGUUUGAAAUAAAGGAGCUAUCCAUAAUCAAAAUAAA